UAGAUCGAGGAUUCGAUUACAAAGAUUUGACUCUGCCAAAAACAAGAGGCGAUCAGGGGAAGUACUCAGCAGAUGCAGCAGCAGCGAUGGGCGGAGACGUCGCCUCGGGUAGCAGCGACUCCUACUGCGAUGUGUUCCUGAGUUUCGGCGGACUCGGCACUCCCUCUGUAUUCGUCGACUUACUGUACCAGAGCUUGGUUGAUGCCGGAAUCUCCGUCUUCAGAGACGAAGAAGAACUUCGAAAAGGUGAAGAAAUUGGCCAGCAGAUUUGGAGAGAGCUCGAAAAACUUCGAUCGAGUGCGCCAGGAUCUGCAUCGAUCGUUGUAGACUUUGACCGGGAGAGUCUGGUCGAAGAACAUCGAUCCGGUGAAGAUUUUGGCCAGGGGAUUCUGAGAGCGAUCGACAGCGCCAAGAUCUGGAUCCCCAUCUUCUCCAGAAACUACGCUUCCAGCAAUCGGUGUCUCCGGGAGCUCGCGGCAAUGGUGCAGCGCGAGGCGAAAUCGGGUGGUGGGAAGACGAUCAUCCCCAUAUUCUACGACGUGGAACCUGCUGAUGUUAGGCUUGAAACCCCUCUGUACCGCGAUGCCCUAUGGGUGCACAUGAAUAGAUACAUGCCCGAGGAAGUAAGCGCGUGGGAAGAUGCUCUUAAACUGGUUGCUUCAUUACCUGGAUGGGAAACGGGAUCUAGCAGGCCGUCUCACAUUAUCAGCCAAGCCGUUCAAAUAAUCGUGGUCAAGCUGGAGGAGGUUCGAAAGAAAGAUGAAGCAAAAGAACCAGUGGUACUUAUUGGCAGCCCUGUGGGAAUUGACAAACAAGUGGAGGACAUGAUGGACUUACUUGAUUUAGAAGUCAGUGAUGUGCGAAUAGUUGGAAUCUGGGGGAAGGGUGGGGUUGGCAAGACGACUCUUGCCAAGGUUAUUUAUGAGCAAAUUUCGUCUCAGUUCGACAGUUGUAGUUUCCUUGCAGAUAUUGGGGCAACGGCGAAACAACUUGGAGGUGUUCGGCUUUUGCAAAGCAAGUUGAUGUCUGAUGUCCUAAACCGAGAAUACGAAGUUGAUCAAGUUGCGAAAGGAGUCGAUUUUUUUAAAGGAAUAUUACGGAAUAUGAAGGUCCUAAUUGUUCUGGAUGAUGUGGAGGUACGGUCGCAUCUCCACGAAAUUGUUGGAGAGAAGCUUGAUUGGUUUGGUUAUGGAUCCAGGAUAAUUGUCACCACUAGUUUCAAAUCUGUUCUUCCAGAAUUCAUACCUCGAGGGUUGGCUCAUGUUUACAGUAUCAACAUGAUGAAUAAUGAUCAAGCUCUUGAGCUUUUCAGAAAGCAUGCACUGCGAAAAAAUCUUCCAAUUCCAGAUUUUGAUGAAAUUGCAAAAGGUAUAAUCAACUCUGUGAAUGGGAUCCCAUUACUUGUUGACGUAAUUGGUUCACUCUGGUACGGAAAAAGAAGAGAAGAACGGGCUGCACUUGGGAAGCUAAUUUUGCAAUUUGGCGUGGAUAUUGAAAAGAUUUUGAUGGUUAGUUAUGAAGAAUUGAGCAAAGAGCAGAGAGAGAUAUUUCUUGAUAUUGCAUGCCUCCCUGCUGAUGUGGAUUAUCGAAUUGCUUCAUUUAUGUGGCAUAAUCCCAAUUUUCCCCCCUCCGAUGGAGUUGCUGCACUCCAUUUCAUGUCCCUGGUAAAAAUUGGAAAAAAUCAUGAACUAGGGAUGCACAGGCUGUUAAGGGAGUUCGGCCAACAAAUCAUACGAAAAGAGGAUGAUCGAGAUCCAGGAACUCGAGGCAGGUUGUGCAAUUUGGAAAUGGCCUGGAAUGCAGAGAAGAUGGAGGGGACAGACCACCUCAAAUUUUUUGCAGAAGAUUUUAAGAGCAUGCCAAACAUAAGGUUUCUUAUCUUGGAUUGUGCAAAAGUUGUUGGUGAUUUUGCCAAUGUUUUUCCAAAUUUGAAGUGGCUCCAGUGGCAAGGAUGCACCAGAGAUUUUGAAGCUACUAAUUUUCAUGUCAAGAAAUUGGUCAUUCUUGAUCUUUCAUGGAGCAAAGUCACUGAAGACUGGGGAGGUUGGAGAAAUAUCGAGAUGCCACAGUUGAAAGUCUUGAAUCUUACUGGUUGUGCUGACCUAUUGAUAAGCCCCGACUUGUCCUCUUUCCCAGACUUGGAGAUAUUGAUUCUCGAACGAUGUUCUCAACUAAUGAAGUUAGAUCCUUCCAUACGUCAUCUAAAACGCUUAACUUCCUUAAAUUUGAGAUUCUGCAAUGAACUCAAUAUGUUGCCAAUCAAACUGGGUGACAUGGAAGCUCUUAAGGAGCUCCUUAUUGAUGGGACUUCGGUACAAGAAAUUCCUGUGUCAAUGGGUUACAUGGAGAAACUGGAGAUUUUUAGUGCCUCCAACUGUCUCCAGUUAAGUCACCUGCCUGAUUCAGUUCGUGGCUUGACAGCUCUUUCAGUACUCUCACUGGAAAAUGCAAAAAUUACUCGAAUCCCUGACUCAGUUGAAAAGCUGGUGAAACUUCGGAUCCUGUCUCUAAAGGAUUGUCGUUGGAUAGGAAGACUUCCGGAUUCAAUUUGCAAUUUGGGAAACUCAUUAGAGGAGUUGGAUAUAACAGGGACAGGCAUAUCUAAAUUGCCCAAUUCAAUUACUCGCUUGGGGCGUUUAAAAGUGCUAAAAAUGGAUUCUUGCUUCAUUAGGGAAUUGCCUAGAGAAAUUGGCAAUUUUGCCAAUCUUGAAGAAUUACAUGCUUCCCAUUGUAGGAGUUUGAAGGGAGCCAUUCCAACUGCUAUUAAGAGUCUAGAUCGUCUGAGAAUACUGAGAUUGGGACAUUCCAGUAUUUCUGGCAUUCCUUCGGAAAUUGGAAGUCUUUCUUGUCUUCAGACUCUUGAUUUACUUCAAUGCAACAAGAUUCAAGCGCUGCCAGAGCUUCCCUCCAGUUUAACUUGUCUACGUGUAAGUUCUGAGUGGAUGAAGGCAUUGCCAGAUCUUAAGGAUUUAGUAAAGUUGGAGGAGAUGUGUCUGGGUGAUAAAGAUCCGAAGAAGCUCAUAUGUCCCUCGACACGGAUGAAGCCAAAAUCCAGAUCGAGAGAUCUCUUAGUUGUGCGCAUAGUACUUCCAAAACUGAAGAUGUUAGAGUUGUCUCAUUCUCGAAUCGGGGAACUGAAACUUAGGCAUGAUUCCCUCUCAUGUACACAUCUUAAGAAGCUAGUUCUAUCUGGUGUAAAUCUUGAAGUAGUGCCGGAACUUCCCUCGUCAUUGUCCGUUUUAUCUAUUCGAUGUUGUUCGUCUUUGAGACAAUUGCCAGCAGUUCACCAUCUGAGGAAACUAUCGGAACUAAAUCUCAUCCAAUCUGCAGUAGAAGAGAUUAAGGGGCUUCAAGGACUAAUUACUCUGGAAAUCUUAUAUGUAGCACACUGUGAAAUACGUAAUCUUGAUGGGCUUGGCCAAUUAAGAGCUUUGCGAAGUUUGAUAUUGUCAGACUGUGAUUCACUUGGUAGAUUUCCUGAUAUAUCAAACUUGAAGAUGUUGAAUGUCCUAGUAGUCCAAAGAUGCAGGAUGAUCCCUGAUGUUGAAGGCCUCAUGGAGUAAACCUCCUUGGAAGUGCUGCAUGUUAGUGAAUGCGAGGCAAAAAGCACGCAGCAACUAAGAAGUGCAUAUAGUACCCAAAUUUACAACUCAUUUGACUGUAAGAAGUGCACCUCUUUUGCUCAAGCUCAGUGAGUAGUUAAGAGAAGCACCUAUUUUCCGAUGUUCUUUUACACAUCACCUGUGGAGAAAGACUUAUGAGCCUUGUAUGUUUCAUACAGACUCUUCUUCAUGACAUGAUGUUUCUUGGGUUCAGAAUAAUCUGAGAGGCAACACUAUACAGAUUUUAGUCUUUAAACUAGCCCAGGGUGCAUGAGUUUAUUACAGCUGGGGAACUCGAAAUCAUCAGUUCCAUUGUCCUGGGACUCACAUUUGUAUCGAGAACAUUUCAAUUGUUUUCUUGCUGAUGUAAUGUGUAUGACACCCCAGAUGACAUGGAUGCCCCUCUACUCAAAUGAAAGCAUCCUCACAAUAACUACCAAGAGGGACAUUUAUCUCAAAACAGAUGGCACAGAGGGCAAGCUGGUUAGAAAGGAUCCAGUAAUGAUUGUAAGUGGUUAUUGAUUUCGGCUUCUUAUUUAAUCUUGGUUUAAGAUCAUAAAUAGGUUGGUUUUAGGUAACGUUUGUUCAGCUUGAGCUUUAUGAGUUGGUAUUGGACAUCACUGCACAGUUUUGUUGAUCCUAGGUCUGCUUCUCCCCUUUAACCUAAUAUGGCUUAUCCCAAUCCAAUAAUUUCUGAGUGCCCGCUGUUUUUGGCAGAAUCUUUUGUAAUUUGACUCCGUGAGUAAAUAUGAGUGGAGAGAGUGAAUGGAGAGCAGGGAAUUCUAGUA